AUGCUGACCUUGCGUGCAGGGCAACUUCAGUCUGUUGGGUUGCGGCCCGUACUGGAAGAGCAGCAGCCAGACGUGGUGGUGCUGAACACCUGCUCCAUUAGAGACAAGGCUGAGAAGAAGGUCUACGCCCGCUUGGACCCGCACUUGCAGCGCAAGCGCAAGGGGGACGAUGUGACUAUCGUCGUCUCCGGGUGUGUGGCGCAACAGGAGGGUGAAGAGUUGCUCCGUGCUCUCCCAGAGGUGGACGUGGUGAUGGGCCCUCAGUUCGCCAACCGCUUGGGCGAUGUGCUGAACGAGUCCAUGCAAGGUGGUCAGAUCUGCGUCACUGAGGAGUCGAGAAGCAUGGAGGAUCUCACGGUGCCCAACAGGCAGUCAAGCAUUUCAGCCUGGGUGAACGUGAUCUAUGGCUGCAAUGAACGCUGCAGCUAUUGUGUGGUGCCCUUCACCCGGGGCAGCGAGCAGUCGCGGCCCAUUGGCUCCAUCCGCCGGGAGGUGUCGGACCUGCUUCGGCAAGGCUACCGGGAAGUGACUCUCCUAGGCCAAAACAUCGACGCCUAUGGCAGAGACUUCACACCUCGAAGGACCUUUGCAGAGCUGCUGUGGUCCCUGGAGGAUUUGGGCAUCGAACGGAUCCGGUUUUUGACCUCUCAUCCCAGGUAUAUUUCGGACGACUUGAUCACGGCUGUUCGAGACAUUCCCGCGGUUUGUGAGCAGUUCCACAUCCCUUUCCAGUCUGGAGACGAUGAGAUCCUGCGCCGCAUGGAGCGGGGUUACACAGCGGAGAGAUACAGGCGCAUCGUGGAGCGAAUCCACCAAGAGAUCCCCAGCGCCGGGUUAUCGGCCGACGCCAUCGUGGGCUUCCCCGGUGAGACGGAGGAGCAAUUCCAGCGCACUCUUCAACUGGUGGAGGAGCUACCCUUCCUGACGGUGAACCUGGCCGCCUACUCGCCGCGGCCCAACACCCCGGCGGCACUGCUGAAAGAUCAGGUGCCACAGGAGACCAAGAAGCGGCGCUUGGAAGAGCUCAAGGAGUGUGUGCAGCGGGUGGGGCUGCGACAGAGCCAGCGGAUGGAGGGCGAAGUCAUGGAGCUGCUGGUGGAAGGCGUCCACAAGCGCCGCCCUGGCGUGCUCCGGGGCCGCUUGCGGAAUGGCCGGAUGUGCCACGUCGAGGGUCCGGAGGAGCUCAUAGGAUGCUUGGUGCCGGUGAGGAUCACCAAGGGCUACAGCUUCUCCGUGGCCGGCGCCGUGGCCGGUGAGCCGCGCUGA